ACACGUUCAGUUAAUCUUCGUCGUUCGGCUCGUCAACGAGACGUCAACGUUCGUCCACGAUGUUGAAGCUAAUUCUCCUCGUGUUUGCGAGCGGAGCCUUGGCCCGCGUGUUGCCAGACAACAUGAGCUCGGAUUCGGAGCUCGCGCCUAUUUCUAAAGGUUCCCUGCAACCGACGCCGACGAUUACUUUGAACGGAGACAGGAAUUACCAGGCUAACCAACAGAUAUUUUACGGUGUCGGAUGGGCGCCAUGGACGAAUUGCGUUAAACCUAAUUGCACGAACGUUUUACCGAGGGACGACUACGUUGUCACGCCCGGGAUAGGAGCCCAUAAGCUGCACACUCGCAAGCUGAAAUGGAACGCUGCGCGCAAGUCCUGCGAGAACGAAGGAGGUUACCUGGUCGUCCCGAACUCGUUGGCCGAGGAAGCAGUUCUGAUAAAAAGUAUGCAGGCUGCGAACAUCGACAACGCUUGGCUAGGUAUACACGACUUGUUCGAGGAAGGCGACUGGAUGACCGUCAUGGGCGAGUCGCUGGAGAAAUCUGGCUACGACAGGUGGACUCCAGCGAUCCCGAACGAUCCAGACAACGCGGGUGGUCGUCAGAACUGCGCGAUUCUUCUGAGAAAACACGGCGGAAUGGACGACAUCCAGUGCGACAACACGUUCCCGUACUUCUGCGAGAUCACCAUGUGCUGAGCUUUGACCUUGUCUUCUGUGAGAUUAAAGAGACACAAUUUCUCUAAUAUUAAACGACGCUUUACUCUCGCCUGCAACUGCUGGACUUGUAUUCAUUGGUGGUAUUACUUGUAUUUGUGUAUC